CAAAGAACAUUUAAAGUGUCAACAUAGCAAGUUAGAAGCCUAAAAUGGCUCAUUUUUACAAGAAACUGUUGUCGGAAAAGGCUUGCAGAUUGUUUGAAACGCAUGUCCAAAUACCAAUGUCAGCACUGAAUUUCUCAUAUAAUCGAGACCGUCGAAAAACAGAACUGUAUAUACCGGCGCAGUAUUUUGGACAAACUAUAAACGAAGGAGUGGUUCGUGAUAUUUACCGCAACCAGGGGAAUAACCAAUUAUUUAGUAGUGCUGCGAUACAUAGCCAAUCCGGCAAACAAUGGGUGCAGCUUUCGCUUGAUCCUAAGAAGUUAGCUGAAACGGUUUUAGGACUGAAAGCUCAGCAACGCACGCCUGUUGCCGACGACUGCCAAACGAUCGUUGUAGAGUUCAGUUCUCCGAAUAUAGCAAAACCAUUUCACGCUGGACAUCUUCGGUCAACCAUCAUUGGAAAUUUCAUUUCAAACGUGAACGAGUUUUUUGGCAACAGAGUAGUGCGACUCAACUAUCUUGGCGAUUGGGGUACACAGUUCGGAUAUUUGGCUCUGGGGGUUCGACUGAAGGAACUCUCCCCGGUGGAAAUCAAACAAAAUCCCAUGCAGUGUUUGUACGAAGCGUACGUUCAUGCGCAUAGUUUAGCGGAAAAUGAUGCAAAAAUACAUGAAGCUGCUAAGGAUAUCUUCGCGCAAAUGGAGCAUGGAGCAAUCGACGAACUCCAGCACUGGAGGGAGUACCGGGAGCAUACGGUCAAUGAAUUAGAGGCACUUUACCACCGACUGGGAGUGAGGUUCAACAGCUACGAAUGGGAGUCACAGUACAGAAUGAGAAAUAUAACAGAGGUUGUGAACACACUUAAACAGAAUGAUGUACUACAAGACCAAUCGGAUGGGCGUCAAGUAGUGCAACUAAACAACCGUACUGUUCCCUUAAUUAAAAGCGACGGUUCGGGAAUGUAUCUUUUGAGAGAUAUAGCCGCACUAAUAGAUCGUCAUAAGCGGUACAGCUUUCACAGAUCGCUGUAUGUCGUCGAAAAUGGCCAAAAUGACCAUUUCACUUCACUAAACGAAAUUGCCGGCCUGCUCCAACUUCCUAACGCCCCAGUCAUUGAACACAUCAAAUUUGGCCGCAUACAUGGCAUGAGUACCAGACGUGGAAAGGUGGUAUUUUUGAAAGAUAUCCUCCUCGAGGCUCAACAGCUAGUGCAAGAAAAGCAACGCAAGUCGCCCAACACUAAAAAGCACGUCAUUGACGAUCCGAAUGUGUGCGAAAUACUUGGAGCCAGCGCCGUAAUUAUCAACGAUCUAAAACAGCGUCGACUGAAGGAUUAUGAUUUCGAGUGGUCAAGAAUACUACAAAUGGAUGGUGAUUCCGGUAUAAAGUUACAAUACACGCAUUGCCGAUUGUCAAGCCUUUUAAGCACCCAAAUCGUUCAAGAGGGUUUACCAUCGAUAAUGUAUGAUAGUCAGUGGAUUCCGGAACCGGAAGCAGCCGAACUAAUUUGCCAUAUACUUAAUUUUGAGCCCGCGUGCUCUCAAGCGCAACAGUCUUUGGAGGCAUGCGUUUUAGUGAACUAUUUAUUUCGGUUAUGCAAAUCGGUAAAUCUCGCUUUAAAAGCGUUACCAAUAAAACAUGAACCUAGCCCACAGAAACGGAUGCAAAGGAUUCUUCUGUUUUCUCAAGCCCAAAAUGUGCUACGUACUGCGAUGGAAUUGUUGGGCCUAAAACCGUUAGAUGAAAUGUAAGACUUGC